AUUGCAACAUGAUCAAAUUUUAACCUUCAAAAUAGAGCUUCUCCAUUAAUAGAACAAAUUAUUUUUUUCCACGAUCAUACAUUAAUUAUUUUAAUUAUAAUUACAAUUUUAGUAGGUUAUUUAAUAAUUAACUUAUUUUUCAAUAAAUAUUUAAAUCGAUUUUUAUUAGAAGGUCAAAUAAUUGAAUUAAUUUGAACUAUUUUACCAGCUAUUACUUUAAUUUUUAUUGCUCUUCCUUCUUUACGCUUAUUAUAUUUAUUAGAUGAACUAAAUAACCCUCUUAUUACCUUAAAAUCAAUUGGACAUCAAUGAUACUGAAGUUAUGAAUAUUCAGAUUUCAAAAAUAUUGAAUUUGAUUCUUAUAUAAUCCCUAUAAAUGAAAUAUCUUCUAAUAAUUUUCGACUUUUAGAUGUAGAUAAUCGAAUUGUCCUACCUAUAAAUAAUCAAAUUCGUAUUAUAGUUACAGCAACUGAUGUUAUUCAUUCUUGAACAAUUCCAUCAUUAGGAAUUAAAAUUGAUGCAAAUCCAGGACGUCUUAAUCAAUCUAGAUUUUUUAUUAAUCGACCAGGAAUUUUUUAUGGACAAUGUUCAGAAAUUUGUGGUGCUAAUCAUAGUUUUAUACCUAUUGUAAUUGAAAGAAUUUCAAUUAAAAAUUUUAUUAAUUGAAUUAAUAAUUAUUCAU